AACAAACACACUUACCUUUCCCAAAACGUAUGAAAUCAAUUAAAAAGGAAGGAACUUUCUGCAUCAAAUUCUAUUUUUUAAACCAUCUGUCAACAUACAAAAAAAAAGGUAAUACUUUUUUAGUUUCAAACCUUUGAGGUUUAAGGUCAAAAGAGUGUAUGAUAGAAGAAACGAGUUUGCUCAGAUCAAUGCUACAGUUGUAUAUUCUCAAUCUUUAAUAAUAUGAUAAUCUCUAACUUCUCUGGCAAAGGUGUAUGUGAUAUAGUGUCGGGCUGUGCUGAGCCACAAGACAAAAAAAGUGUUUGGCUUGGCUUGGCUUGUCCACGAAACAGAUACAAAUCCGUGACGCGUAAGAAAACGACUCGAGUGAAGGAUACAUACAAUGGAAGUUAUCUUGCUUGUUUGAGGGUACAAAGGUAAAACUACACAGAGUCGGAUCAAAGUUUUCGUUUUUACCCUUUUGAACUGUUUUCUUUUUUUUACUUGGUUCGGUCGGAUUCUUUCACGCCGCCCAUUUUUCAAAUUUUGACCUUUUGCUUAUGGAACUUCUCGCCGGUAACUGUCGGAAACGAGUCGGCGGUGACUUUGACAAGAUGUUGACGCAUUCGAUGAGUGUGACUAGAUGUAUGGUACUUACAGUAGCCGUUCACCGAGAGAACUCAAGGAACGACGACGUUUUGGCUACGCUGGCAGGCUUGGCGUCGCCUCCUCAGAAACUCGAACCCAUCAGGCUGCCGGAGACCGCUGCUUCGAGGCUAUACUUUGGGAUGACGUGGAGGAAAGCGGUCAGUUGACGCGCGGGUUUGCAAAGGGUGAGCUCGAAAUGGAGAUUCAAGGUCGAGUCUCCAGAGAUGGCACGUCUUGGGAUGUUGUGUCUCUGAGCUCGUCUGUUGAUCGCGAUGAACACUCUUCCCCACCAGGGACUCUUGGAGAAGCUGGUGGGUAGUAUUGAUGAAACGGCAAGAGAAGAUGCAUAACCAACUGAUUAAGGUAGUGGACAAUAUGGAGCAGGAGAGAGAAUACACAGGGAAGAAGCUUGGAGGCAACAAGAAAUUGAGAGGAUAAAAGAGACACGCAAGCAAGAGAUGUCACGCAGCUCGUCUCUCAUCUCUUUCAUCAAAAGCGUUAUUGGUGAAGAGAUCGAGAUCACUAACCUCUCUUAACAAUGUGAAUGGGCUCAGACACAAGGAGGUGUAAGAUUAGGUUCUCGAGUUUUGUAAUAUUUUGGUUUAAUUAAAUCUACCACACUUUGUAUUUUUACGGUAUUGUGUUUAUAAGUUUCGAAAUAAAGACAAAAAAGGGUUUGGUGAUUGGGAUCUUGUAACGCCUGUGGGAGACGAAAAGGAUCAUCGGUUACAUCGACUGUGACUGACACGUUCUUGAGCUUGUGAGGUCUGCAAUUACAUAUGCUGACACUUGCUUCCACUUUUCUUUUCUUCUUUCUAUCUCUCUUUCUCUUCUUGUUUUCUUCAAAUGCACAAACACAAGCUCGUGUGAGUUUGAAGAAAGGAUAUGGAACGAGGAGGCUUCCAUGGCUACGGCAAGUUCUCCCUCAACACCACCACCAAUCCAGGGAAGCUUUUGAUGGCAGAGAGCGGCAUGCAGCUAUCAGAACUCAACCAGCCUACCAAAACCGCUGACGGCGGCCAAGAGGAGUGCACGGUGAGAGAGCAAGACAGGUUCAUGCCUAUCGCCAACGUCAUACGGAUCAUGCGGAGGAUCUUACCUGCUCACGCCAAGAUCUCUGACGACUCCAAGGAGACGAUCCAAGAGUGUGUCUCCGAGUACAUCAGCUUCGUAACAGGGGAAGCCAAUGAGCGUUGCCAGCGGGAACAGCGCAAGACCAUCACUGCCGAGGAUGUCUUGUGGGCAAUGAGCAAGCUCGGUUUUGAUGAUUACAUUGAACCCUUAACAUUAUACCUCCACCGCUACAGAGAGCUGGAGGGUGAUAGAGGAGUAAACUGCGGUGCUGGAUCCGUUUGUAUGACCAAUGGCAUGGUGGUCAAGAGGCCUAAUGGUACCAUGGCUGAGUAUGGAGCCUACAUGGCACCGUACCAUUAUCGUCAUCAGAACGGGUUUGCUUACAGUGGUAACGAACCUAAUUCUAAAAUGGGUGGUUCAUCAUCUAGUUUUUGAACACAGUUUUCAAGCAAAAAAAAACAAUGAUGCUUUGUCUCUAUGUAUCUUCUCCUUGAACGAACCUAGUGUUUUCAAUUGAUCUUUUCUUGUGAUAAACUGUGUCAAUAAAGCAUUAGGUUCCAAACAGCACGAUUGUGAUCAUGACUCAACAUAAAUAAAAGGACUUAAACAUUCAAAA